UGAUGACGCGGCCACCCGACGGCGCCGCGCCCCUCCACAGAGUCGAGAAGCGCUGUGUAAACAUCGCCACAAGGCGACGGACGGCCCGAUCCGCCAGCCGCUUCUUGGCCAGAGAUGCCCGGCCUCCAGUCGGUCGGCCGGAGCCAAGCCGCGGCGCGCACAUGGCCCAGCAGCAGCAGCGGCGCGGUGACGAGGACGAGCGCGGCGGGCCCGGGGCGGCCUACCGUCCCUUUGUGGCCAUGGAGCGCCUGCUGCACAAGCUGCACAUUUUGAACUACCAAGACCAAGUCCUGGCCAAGCACAACAUGAGGAACCUGAGCAGGCAUUACUUUGUGUCCAGUCCCUACGUGGAGUCCAACCCGGGCGAGCAGUUCUACAUGUUUGGCAUCAUCGCCGCCUGGCUCAUCAACGCGGCGGGCAGGCCCUUCCACGAGCGCGCCGACUACGGCGAGCCCGGCGCCGCCGUGGCCGACAUCUUGGCCGAGCUGCGGGCGCUGGGUGUGCGGGUGGACUUCCCGCCCUCCAAACUCCUGUCGGGCUCCGGCGAGCAGGUGUGCUUCAUGCUGGACAGGCUGGCCGAGGAGGCGCUCAAAAAGAGGGGCUUCUCCUUCGGGAGCCCCGAGUACCCGGCCGAAAGCACCGCCGGGGAAGCCGCCGCCGCCGCCGAGGACGCCCGAGUCAACGUGGUGGAGGAGGAAGAGGAAGGUGAGUGGCGCCGGGAGGAGGAGGUGGCGGCGCAGCCCGAGGACGAGGAGCAAACCCCGGACCUGGAGGCCUUGAAGCUACGAAGCGCUCGCCCCCGAGCCAAGGUGCCCUGCGUCGACACGGAGAUCCUGGAGUCCAUGGUGGACGCGGCCGAAUGGUACCUGGAAGUGGAGCGCGCCCUCCCGCGCCUCACCGUCAAGAACGACAACAAGGACUGGAGGAUCCACGUGGAGCAGAUGCACCGGCACCGGGACGGCAUCUCGUCCUCCUUCAGAGAGGCCGAGGGCUACCUGGGGAAGUUGCGGGAGGACAUCGGCAAGACCUUGGAGAAAGUCCGCACCCGGGAGAAGUACGUCAACAAUCAGCUAGAGCACCUGAUCCACGACUACCGCCAGGCUCAGGCUCAACUGGGCCGGGCCAAGGAGCAGUUCCAGCGAGCCAGCGAGGGCCUGACGGAGAAGGCGCGCGUCCUGGCCGACAUGGACGACGAGCUGAAGCGGGUCAAGCGCGAGACCGAGCGGAGGAACGGCAGCGUGUCGGACGGCGCGCCGCUGCUCACCAUCAAGCGCUGCAUGGCCGACCAGAACCAGGAGAUGGUCCUGCUGGACAAGAUGAUCGCCAGCUGGCGCUUGCAGAUGAAGACGGGCGGCGGCAGCCUGCUUCACGCGCACGCCAGCGUCUCGCCGGAGCACACAUGGACUUGGGAUUCCUGAAGUGGAGCGGGUCGGGCCGGGCCAGGCCGGGUUGGGCCGGGGCGGGAGGCCCAUGGUCGGAAGCUUUUUCAUGGCUCGCCCCGGCUGACUGCAUGCUUCCAUGUUGUUGUUUUUCGAAAACCCCACUACUCUACAUUACAUUCC